ACUAAAUGACGAAAGUGCGUUUCCUGCUUGACGCUCGUCUCGAAGCUGUCAGCUGACUGGCUCACCAGGAAGCAAAAUUUACACGGUUGAGAUCAUGAAGAAAAUCAAGGGCAAAGCAAGUAACACGACUGAGAAGGAGUUUGUGUUUGAAUUCAAGGCAGGGAAACACAACUGCGUUCUCAAGGUACCUUUGCUGUUUCCUGUUCAGGAGAACAUCAGCGACCUUCAUGGACGUCUGAUGCUGCUCCAUAAAAUACCAUGCUAUGUAGAAAACGAACUGAAAGUGUCACUGUCCAACUUCAUUGAGAAAGAGACCAUUUUGGACUACGACAGAGAGGCAGAACUGGCCCUGCAAAGACUCACAAUGGGACAUGUAGAUGUGAAUCAGCUUGCCAAUGCGUGGACCAGUGCCUAUGUAGAGACCACGCUAGAGCAUGCUCGACCCGAGGAGCCCAGCUGGGAUGAGGACUUUGCGGAUGUUUACCACGAGUUGAUCCAUUCGCCUGCCUCGGAUACGCUUCUCAACCUGGAGCACAAUUACUUUGUCCGUAUCUCCGAGCUUAUCAGCGAGAGAGAUAUGGAGCUCAAGAAGAUACAAGAGAGACAAGCUGCAGAAAUGGAUAAAGUGAUGCAUGAGUUGGGGAAUACACUAAGUGACCAUGAUGUGAAUGCAGUAGCGUCCCAACACUUUGAUGCACAGCAGGUCCUGGAGAACAAGUGGGUCACUGAACUGGAGCAAGUGACAUGUAUUCAAAAGCAAGAAUAUCAAGAGUGGGUCAUUAAACUACACCAGGACCUGCAGAAAUCCAACAACAGCAGCCAAAUUAAUGAGGAGAUUAAGGUACAGUCUAGCCAGCUGUCAGAACCUUCAGAUUCUGGAGACCGGAUGUUUGAGGAGCAGCCUCAAAUGGAAGAAAGCUUCACUAUUCAUCUCGGAGCACAACUGAAGACGAUGCAUAACCUGCGACUGGUUCGGGCAGAUGUGUUGGACUUUUGUAAGCACCGACGUCAUGGCAGCAGCGGAGCAAAGCUGCGACGCCUCCAAACGGCACUUUCGCUCUAUUCGUCUUCACUCUGUGGUCUGGUACUGUUGGUCGACAACAGGGUCAACUCCUACAGUGGCAUCAAGAGAGAUUUUGCAACGGUGGCCAAGGAGUGCACGGACUUCCACUUUCUCAGCCUGGAGGAGCAGCUGGAAGAGGUGCAGCAGGUGGUGCUCUAUGCCAGAGCCCAGCGGAGUAGCAAGCAAAAAGAUCAACCCGAGCUCCCCAGGAAUGGAAGUGAUGAUAAAAGUAAAAACGUUGAAAGAAAUCCAUCGAAUAUCUUGCCAGGUGAAUUCUAUGUCUCGCGGCACUCCAACCUGUCCGACGUUCAUGUCGUCUUCCACCUGUGUGUGGACGACAACGUGCGCUCAGGGAACAUCACGGCCAGGGACCCGGCCAUCAUGGGCCUGAGGAACAUUCUGAAGGUCUGCUGCACACAUGAUGUAACCACCAUCACCGUCCCGCUACUGCUGGUGCAUGACAUGUCGGAGGAAAUGACCAUUCCAUGGUGUUUGAAGAGAGCAGAGCUGGUCUUCAAGUGUGUGAAAGGUUUCAUGAUGGAGAUGGCCUCAUGGGAUGGAGGUGUAUCACGCACGGUACAGUUCCUGGUGCCAAGGAGUAUUUCAGAGGAAAUGUUCUUCCAGUUAAGCAACAUGCUGCCUCAGAUCUUCCGUGUCUCCUCCACUUUAACGCUCACGUCAAAGCCCUGAUGGGAACAGAUGCACGACACCCUCAGCACCAGGGAUCAUCUCCUUAGCCUUUUUGAAGUUACUGUUUAUUUUCUUUUUUUAUUUUUUUUAUUCUUAAAUUCUGUGGGGAAGGGGGUGUGUGAACUUGAGAAAGCCCUUUUCUCUCCACAUGGCGACCUUAAAGCGCUUACAGAGAGGCGAGGAUCCUUUAGCAGUUUAUUAAGCCCUGUUUAUUUGUAUUCUCUUUAAAGCUGCAUAUCUUAGUGAAAGACGACUGGGUCCCGCAGCUCGCAAAGCAGCUGCUGCAAUUAUCAUUUCAACCCUCCAGGGUGCAGUGCCGCUGACAGACUUUUAUGACAUCAGCAACAAACCGGGUGCUCAUGUCAUGUCUUCAGAGCUGCUAUCUGGAGCUUACACCUUUUGUUGGAGCCGCUGCAGAAUGCUGCAUCGAAUGACAUGUGAAGUAUUAUUGUUUCACCUUGCUGGUAGGCACUGUAAAUAGCGUUGCAUGAGCCAUUAAAAAAAAAAAAAAAAAAAUCUAAUCAACUCAAACACUGAUAUUUGCUAUGAGUAGAGGAAGGCUUGCUGAAGGCAGCUGUUAUGCAUGUAUGUACUUGUAAAUAGGUUAAAACCGCUACUCAAUGAUACUAAACAAACAACUGAUGGUGUCCUGGCUGCUACAAUAUGACUAAAGCGACAAUAAGUUGUCGCCUAGAGAAGAAGAAAGGAAUGUACGCCGCCAAACUGAAGUUUAGUCUUCAGAUGAAGAGACUCGCAGGAUUUAACCUCCUUCUGCAUCAUCACAUUGUUACUACACAAUUUCUUGUUUUAAUGUUGUUUGAUGAACAGCAGUGACAUUUCUUUUUAAACUUGUUGACACUGUCCAAUAUAUUUGCAAGGCUGCCAGGUCUCAUAAGAGCCGACAAUAGUUUUUUUGGUUUCAUUGUGCAGCAGUCAACCUCUGUUAUGCACUUAUUUGCCAUUUAAGUGUACUGCACUGGUAAAGGUUUUCUGAUGGCCGUGG